AUGAACAACCUUCGAAAUCCAAGAGGUUUUGGAAAUGUACUUCCCCUCUCGAGGCCUGUCUCAACAGUCUCAACAGCACCAAAGAGAAUUACAACAACGGCCGCCACUGGAGUCAUCUCUUCCCAUCCAACCAUGACCAUCACUUCUGGCAAAUCAAAAACACCUCUCUCGAACAUGAUUGUCGAGUAUGCGGACAAGGGAGGAAUGAAAAGCAUUGUCUCUUCUUACAAGCAAGGAGAAUUACUUGGUGAAGGAGGCUUUGCCAAGUGUUAUGAAGUCACUGAUUGCUCGACAGGAGUAAGCCUGGCUGCUAAGAUCAUUCCAAAAGCAACUCUUAUGAAAGAAAAAAACAAGGAUAAGCUUCUCAGUGAAAUUAAGAUUCAUAAAAAGAUGUCUCACAAAUACGUGGUUGGAUUUGAAAAGUUUUUCGAAGACAACAACAAUGCAUACAUUCUUUUGGAGAUGUGCCAUUGCAAGUCACUGUUGGAGAUGAUGGAUCGAAAGAAGAGACUGUAUGAACCAGAAGCUCAAUAUAUAUUCUUUCAAAUUUUGAUGGCUGUCAAGUACAUGCAUACCUGCAGAGUGAUUCAUCGAGAUUUGAAAUUGGGAAAUAUAUUCCUCGACAAGUACAUGAGAGUCAAGAUUGGAGACUUUGGUCUUGCCACAGAGGUUCACAACAAUGAGCGAAAAUCCACAAUAUGUGGAACUCCCAAUUACAUUGCUCCAGAAAUUUUACAGAACAAGGGUCACAGUUAUGAAGUGGACAUUUGGUCUUGUGGAGUCAUUCUGUAUACGCUCUUAAUUGGUACACCUCCAUUCGAAACUGAGGACGUCAAGACUACCUACAGGAGAAUUCAAGAAGGAAAAUACUCUUUCCCUCCCAAUGUCACUAUUUCUGACAAUGCCAAGAAGUUCAUUAAGAAGAUGCUGAACAAUGAUCCAAAAGCAAGACCUACCAUUGAUGAGGCACUUGCUGAUGACUUUUUCAAAACCAUGAAGUCAACCGCCUGUCCUACCUCCUUAAUGAAAUAUGCAGAGACUCAUUGCAGAGUGGAUGUGAAAAAGAAUUUGGAGGCUCUCCAAAAGGAGCGAGAGGAAUUGCUUAAAAAGAAGCAAGAAGAGGCCAAGAAGGCCAUGGCCGCUGUGACCACUCCACAACCACCUGUAGUGAGAGAACCCUUGAAGGCCAUUGACCCCAAUACUCUGAACAGUGCUCGUAAAGAUCCAGGCGUGCUUGAUAAGCUCUUCAAGAAGGUCCUUCCAACACGACGAAGACAAGACGAGAAUCAAGAAAAUAUUCGCCCUCAAUCCACCAAACUGUCACCUACACAACCAUCAGCUCGUAAAGAUUUGAAAGAGUUGUCUCCAUCAGUGUCACCCAAACUCAGAUCGGUUCGAUCCAGUUCCACACGAUCUCCAGUUCCAAGAACCAAGGUGCUCUUCUCUCUCGACUUUCCAGAUUACGGAUUGUGCUACAGGUUAAGUAAUGGUGCUACUGGAGCAUUCUUCAAUGACUAUUCGAAAAUGGUCCUUUCUCAUGACAAGACUCGACUCGAUUACUAUGCCUAUAACCGUGACGAUAUUCAAUCUUCUGACGAACACUUUGUCUACUCGUUGACAUCAUAUCCAGAUGAGAUUAAAAAGAAGGUCACUCUUAUCAAGUACUUUAAGGGUAGUUUGGACUCUGCCAUGAAACAAGAAAAUCGACCAGAACUUUUUGAAUUAACUGGAGAGGAUCAAAGUGUGUACGUGAAGCGAUACCACAAGUCAAGCAUUGCAUCAUCAUACAGGUUGAGCAAUACUGUUAUUCAAGUGAAAUUCAAUGACAAGGCAGAAAUAAUGCUGUCGAAUAACUCACAUAUUGUGGUAUACACGAACAAGAAGGGACAAAAGGAAUAUGUUCAUGAAGAUUCCGUCUCGUCUCCAGAAUUCCAAACAUACAUUGCACAUACUAAGGAUCUUCUCAAAGAAAUGAUGAAUGAUAGUUAA